AUCACCAUUCCUACAUUAAUUUUGUUCCUUUUUUUAAACAGCUGGAGCAAUACUGGGAUUGAGUUGACCUUGAAUUAAAAAAGAAGAGCAGUAUAACUAAGACAUGCUUUAACCAAGUCGGAAUGUCUUAAUUAUGCAAUUACAACUUCAACUCUGAAGUGGUUAGCCAUGAAGAAUUUAGGGGGCUAAACAAUAAUUGCAUUUAUUGCUAAGUGCGACGACUUGAUUAGUGAUGAUGAUUUGGGACCGGUAAUUCUGUACCCUCACCAACUAAUUAAUUUCUUAUAUAUGGCUAAGCAGAAUGACACGCACACACAUACAGCUGAAUAUUUUUAUGUUUGACUUUGUUUUAUUUCUUGGAUUUUGGAGGAGUGAAAUGAAGCAUUGUUGAAUUUCGUCACGUUCAAGAAAAGGGCCCCAAUCAGCUGAACUUGUCUCCACCCUUUUUGUUUUGAGAUCUGCAACUCUUUCUGUCAAAAUCAAAUCCUAGAUUUUGUUGAACUCCAAAUACCAGCUGGGUUUUGUUUCAAGCUACAGAAAUUCUCAAUACUGUUUUCUGCUUGUUUGCUGAUCAUUCUCCAGCGGCAGCCUUCAUUCCCUCCUCCACCGCGUUUCACUCCAUAUAAAAUAAUCUUUCAUUUCUUGGAAUGCAAAUAUGGAUGGGAAAGGUACUAUAUCAGAUUACAGAAACAAGAUGGACACGACACUAGCCUCGCCCGACUUGAAAAACCACGAAAAGCUUCAAACUCUAGUGAGGAAUCAAAUCUUGCAAUAUUCAGAUCUCCAGCUUGAAGGAGGCAUUGAGAAUGUGAUUGAGAGGAGAAGCAAUGAGUUGUCCAAUUUUCUUGGCAUGCUGAGGAGUACUGCUGAUUCUGACAGAUUGAGUUCUUCCUGGAAAGUAAAACAUGACACUGAAGAAUUUAGGGUUAUGUAUCGGGAAGGACCUGAAGGAACUCCGCUUCACACACUGCUUGUCGAGGGCUACGUGGAUGGGCCACUUGAUGUUUGUAUGUGUAUUUCAUGGGAGUCAGGCCUCUACAGCAAAUGGUGGCCUCAAACUGCCAUUCCGAGUUUCAAAGUCAUUUCCUCGCAUUGUCUGCAGAGAGUUGGACCUGGCGAACAGAUAUCACUAGUGAGGAUGAAGGUUUCAUGGCCACUAUCAAGCAGAGAGGCCGUGAUUCAUUAUUUUGCAUUCGAGUACUUCCAAGACGAUCUAAUGGUGGUCCUCCUCAACUCGAUCUCCGACUCAGAGACAAUCGACAGGCAUAGUCAUGGAUUCACGAGAGAUGGGAUACCUAAUGCAGAGGAAUUGGUGAGGAUAGAUGUGGUGGGAGGGUUUGCGUUGCAGAAGGUGACUGCAGAGAGGAGUUACUUCCGGACGAUAGCAAACAUGGAUAUCAAACUAGACUUUGUUCCUCCCUCGUUCCUCAACUUCGUCUCGAGGCAGCUUGUAGGCAGUGGUUUCAAGCUCUACAAAAAGGAAGUUGCUUCAGUUUCUAAAGGAGAUCAGAAGUUUAGCGAGGCUUUGAAGGAUCCACUUUAUGCUCGUAUUCGCAUAGCUCUUGAUCCAGAUAACUCAGCAGCUGCAGAAGAUGAGAAGAGGAGCACAUAUGGUAUGCAAAGUAGAGAAGAAGAUGACAAUGCUGUCGACUCAGAAGCAAAGAAAUACGAGCUUGAAAAAUCCAAAGAAGGCGAAAUGUUGGAUGAUUGCAGCUUGAAAUCAGCAUAUUGUACGAGUGAUGGUGAGGAAGAAGGUUGUAGAGACGAAGCGACAGAAACGAGGAGGGAGGUUCGCAUCAGUGGGGAGGUAGAGAAGGCUCUGCUAACAUUAGAAAAUGUGAUUGCCAUAUUCAAGCAGCAGAGAAAUGAAACUAAUUUAGAGAAUGAUCAAAUCAGUCGAAGCUCCACUUCAGUUGAACCAACCAUCCCUUUGGAGAAUCAUGCUUCCAGAUUGAGAAGGGAGACAAGUGAGAGCAAAGUAGAGAGAUCUGAUUCUAAGAGAAGCUUCAUGCAAUUGCAACCAUCCAUGAAUCACAAUCUUGAAAAUGUAACAAAAAAUAAAAAACAUAGAUUUUGCUGCUUUGCCCUUCAUUUACCAUUACUCAGAUGAUGUAUAUGGAGGAAAUAUAGAUCAAUCUAAAUGACUUUUUUUACUUCCCAUUUUCUAAA